GCGGGCGGCCCUUUCUGCUCCUCGCUCCUUCGAGGCCGCUUUCGAUGGGGGCGCGACCGCUGGGCUCCCGCUGAUCCUCCCCCCGAUCCUCCCCCCGCAGAAAUGAAGUACAAGAAUCUUAUGGCCAGAGCCUUGUACGACAACGUCCCAGAAUGUGCCGAGGAGCUGGCCUUCCGCAAGGGAGACAUCUUGACUGUGAUCGAGCAAAACACUGGAGGCCUGGAGGGAUGGUGGCUCUGCUCCUUACACGGUCGGCAAGGCAUCGUUCCCGGCAACCGAGUCAAGCUUCUGAUCGGUCCAGUGCCGGAGAACCCUCCGAAUCACGACCAGCCCUCCUCCAGAUUGGUGCAUCCCGCCUUUGGCCAGCAGAAACUCUACCAAGGGCCAAACUCACAGACAAACCUCCAGGAUGCAGUCUACCAAGUGCCGCCUUCCUCCUAUCAGACUCAGGGAAUUUAUCAGGUGCCCACGGGUCACGGAGUCCAGGAGCAAGACGUGUACCAGGUGCCGCCUUCGGCUCAGAGAUCCGUGGGGGCCCUGAACGGUUCCAGUUUAAGUAAAAAGGUGAUAACGCCAGUCAGAACGGGUUACGGGUAUGAAUUCCCUUCCAAAUACCAGACAGACACCUAUGACAUCCCACCGUCCCAUCCUCACCAGGGGGUAUACGAUAUCCCUCCUACAGCCCUGAAAAGUCUCGGGUUUUCCGUUUCGGUGGAAGAAGCGAAACCCCACGGGGUAUAUGAUAUUCCUCCGGCCAAAGGGAUCUACGCAAUUCCACCGUCCGCGUUCAGAGAUGACACGGGGUUACAGGAAAAGGAAUAUGAUUUCCCGCCUCCGACGAGACACCACCUCAGGCCAGAAGCCAGGCCAGAGGGAGUUUAUGAUAUCCCUCCGCCGAGCACCAAGGCGGCGGGAAAGGAUCCCCCCACCAAAUACUCCUGUGACGUGGUCGGGCCGGGGGAUUUAACCCCCAGGAGAACCCAGGGUCUCUAUGACAUUCCCCCGAGCCACCAGAGUCCCCAGGCUGGGCAGCCCGUGGUCCCUCAGAAUGACGCGUAUGACAUCCCCCGCGGGGCUCAGUUCCUCGAGCCCCAGAAAGGGACCCACAAUAGGGCAGCUCCCGAAGAAAGAAACGGGGUGUAUGACGUCCCGCCCCAGGCCCCACAGGACACUAAAGGGUCCCAGGACGUGACCGACGGAAUCAACCGGCUGUCCUUCUCCAGCACGGGCAGCACCAGGAGUAACAUGUCUACUUCUUCCACUACGUCUAAGGAGUCCCUGGUCUCGGCCUCCCCCUCUCAGGACAAAAAGCUGUUGCUGCUGGACCCGGACACGGCCAUCGAGAGGCUGUAUCGGCUCCAGCAGGUGUCGGAGACCGUCGUUUCCAACCUAAUGGCCCUGGUGACCGCCGACUGGCGCUCUUAUGGGUACAUGGAGAGGCACAUCAACGAAAUCCGCUCGGCAGUGGAGAAGGUGGAACGGUCCCUGAAGGACUACCUCUGUUUCGCCAAGGGCGCCGUGAUGAAUGCGUCCUGCCUCUCAGAACUCACCCUCCACCAGAGGAUGAAGCGGGAGCUGCAGAGGCUGGAAGACUCGCACCAGAUUCUGGCCCAUACCAGCCAGGAGCUCAACGGGUGCAGCUGGUCCCUGAACGUCCUGGCUGUCAACAAGGCCCAAGGCAAGUGCGACAACCUGGACCGGUUCGUCAUGGUGGCCAGGACGGUGCCCGACGAUGCCAAGCAGCUCACGGCCAGCAUCAGCGCCAACGCGGAGGUGCUCUUCAGGCCAGGGUCGGGCCUGCGUCUGAAGAACGGGACCGAGAGCAUCAUGAGCGCGGCAGACUACCCCCACAACGGCCCCCAGACCCAGACGCCGCACCCUGGAGAAGGCAAGGGACCUACAUCCUUCAGGCCGUUGCCUCCCGGCCUGGGCAGAGACCACCGCCCUGACUGUAACGGCAGCGACUGCUCCGAGCGCAGCUGGAUGGAUGACUAUGAUUACGUCCAUCUACAGGGAAAGGAGGAGUUUGAAAGGCAACAGAGAGAGCUCUUGGAAAAAGAAAACAUCGUCAAACAGAACAAAAUGCAGCUGGAACAUCAUCAGCUCAAUCAGUUCCAGCUACUGGAACAGGAAAUUACCAAGCCAGUAGAGAACGACAUCUCAAAGUGGAAACCCUCGCAGAACCUCCCGGCCACCAACAGUAUCGUCAGUUCUCAGGACAGGCAGCUGCUCUAUUUCUACUUCGAUCAGUGCGAGACCCAUUACAUUUCCCUUCUCAACGCCAUCGAUGCUUUGUUCAACUGCGUCAGCACCGCCCAGCCCCCACGGAUCUUCGUGACCCACAGCAAGUUCGUCAUCCUAAGCGCGCACAAACUGGUGUUCAUCGGCGAUACCCUGACGAGGCAGGUGGCCGCGCAGGAGAUCCGCAACAAAGUGAUGAACUCCAGCAACCAGCUGUGCGACCAGCUGAAGAACAUCGUUCGGGCCACCAAGAUGGCCGCCCUCCAUUACCCUAACACGGGAGCGCUCCAGGAAAUGGUUCACCGAGUGACGGACCUUUCUAGAAAUGCCCGACUCUUCAAGCAGUCUUUGAUAGAAUUGGCCACUCUCUGAGGGGAUGUGGGAAAAUGGACCCGGGGACUCGAGUGUAAAACUGGAAAUACUGUCUAAGCAAUGUAAAGGUUUCAUAUAUUUUUCUGUAGAUACUGUAUUUUAUAUGAAAUAUUUUAAAGGUCUUUAAGGAGUACAGACACAAUGAGAAAUUCAGGGAGCUGGCAGGGGGAAAUCUUUUUCACUGUUAUAUUCUUAUAUAUUCGUAUGCAUAUCUAAGAUAUAUACCAUCUGUACAUAAAUAUAACGGUGUGUCUUUGUAUGUAUAUGUGUAUGUCGAUACAUUCCAUGAAAAAAAAAAUCCAUGAAUUAAGAAGCACCUUAGUUUGCACCCAGAUAUGGGGCAUCGUUGUAAAUAGCCCUUUUCUCAUAACAGUGUCCUUACUGCCCAAUCUGGAGGGUUGGAUUAUCCACUUAACUCUACUGCCUAAUUAUUACUGUAGAUAGGUAAGUCUACAGGCAGUUAACACAGCUAAGCUAACUUGUUCUUUGUCUUUUAAUAAAACUCUUUCCAGAACUUCUUCGAAUCCUCUUUCAGCAAUGAACUAACCCCUUGACAUAGUCUCUUCCAUUCAGAGAAAGGCAUGCUGAGCUUUUAAAUAGAAUUUUAACAGAAAAGUAUUACGGCAUUGGGGAGGUGGUAACUGUGUAAGGAAGACAGUGACUUGCUCGGUGGAGGAAGAGGGAAAGAGCAUUGUCUACGAAUUAGGAGGAGAGCCUUUUGAUUGGGAAGAUAUCUCAACGAAGUUAAUCCCGUAUUCCUCCGGCUGCUUGGUCUUUUGUUUUUCUAAGUAAUGUGGCUUGAGGAUUUCCAGAGGACAAUUUUAGGUGGCGUAAAUAUUAUUCUUGGUAGCAAGAAAUGUUUAAAGACACGUCCCCCAGUAAAUUGCCUGUAGAGAAGGCAAUCCUCCAUCUGCCACAUGGCAUCAGGAAACAUCCGACUAGCACAUUUGCUUCCAUCGGCCAAGAGCCGGGUGCUACUACUGACAGAAAAAAAAGUCUUCAGGGGGUUCUGCUAGAGUUUAGGAUGCUGACCCUAAAAGAGGAGCCCUUGCCCCCUCCCCAAACAAGCACAUCAUCACCACCCACCGCUAUUCGAAUUUGUUGCCUAGAGCAAGUAUCAGAUUUUCACCUCCAAGCCCCCGCUUCUCAGACGCCCCUCAGUCGACGACUGUUCACUGUAGCAGCUGACACUCACUGGUGACAGUUCAUACAAUUUCAGAAUACGUCAACGUGCCUGUAGGUGACUUUACAGCCCAGGUCUCCUGCCACGAGUUUUGGCAGAUUUCCAAUGGGGAUUGUAAUGCUUUCUUAACCGAUUACCAGUAUAUAUAUUCUACUAUAUUACCGGAAAUAUAUUCUACUCUAUACCGAGUCAGGAAGUAUUUCAAUCAGAGCCUCAUUUCAAGCAUAUUUAUUGAGCGCUUACAGUGUGCUGAACACUGUACAAAGCGCUUGGAAGAGUACAAUGCAACCGAGUUGAUUUGAUACCCUGAUUCUAUUCUAUGUCAAAUCAUGUCUCGCUGCCUUUCUGCGGCAAACUUAUUUAUCUUUGAUAUUCAAAAUGUUUGAAGAGCAAAUAGUGCUAAGAAAGCAUUCUGGAGUCUCAAAGUGAUGACUUAUUAUUGAAAUUUCUCAUAAAGGUGCCACCAAAAGGUACAUCUGUGACCAUUUAUAAGGUUGUUUGGCCAGAAGGAAAGAGACAGAAAAUGAAGGUUCUCCAAAGAAAAUAAAAUAGAAUGGCCCAAAUCAACAAUAAACUUGAUCUGAACUUGGAUACAGAUGCAUUUUUUGGGAUUGUGUUCUUAUGGUUUAUAGUUGGUGUAUUUCUUAGGCAAUGACAGAGUUGUUCUAAAAUUAUGUGGGGACAUUUCAAAACCAAAACUGGGAUGUUAGAUGCAUAUUAUUGUUUUUGUUGUAUUCUUUGUAAAGAAUAUUUUUCAAUCAUUAAAUUUUGCAGCUUUUUAAAAUAGCAACUGAA